AUGUCGGCCUCAUUUCCUCGCCUUCGCGUCGUCGUCCUCGUCGCCGCCCUCGCGUUCCUGUCUCCCUUUGCCGCGGCGGACCAGAAGCCGCUGGCCCAGUACGGCAAGGGCAGCGGGAAUCCGUUCGCUGACGACUUUGCCCGCUUCGCCAACGAGACGCUGCACCGCUGGCACGUCCCCGGCCUGUCCAUUGCCGUCAUCGACGGUCAGGACAUCUACGCAAAAGGCUACGGCUUCGCCUCUCUGCCCGCCACGCCGGCGCGCCCCGAGACGUUGUGGUACGCGGCGUCGACGACAAAGGCCUUCACCGGCGCCGUCCUCUCCCAUCUCAUCCACGCCGACGAGCACGAGGCGCUCGCCCGAGGCUGGGACACGCCCAUCGCCUCCAUCAUCCGAGACGACUUUGUCCUCCAGGAUGAAUGGGCCACGGCCCACGUGACGCUCGAGGAUGCCGUGAGCCAUCGUACCGGCAUGCCGCGCCACGACAUUACGAGUCGCCACCUCGUCGACGGCCGAGCCGCCCGGCCCCGCGACAUCGUCCGCAACCUGCGCAACCUGCCCCUGACGGCCGAGCCCCGCGUCCGCUUCCAGUACUGCAACCUCAUGUACGUCGCCCUCUCGCACGUCGUCGAGACCCUCACCGGCCGCUGGCUCGGCCGCGUCCUCCGCGACACCAUCUGGGCCCCCCUCGGCAUGAACGCCACCUACUUCGACCUCGACGACGCCCUCGCCGCCCCGACGGGCCGGCUCGCCCAGGGAUACUGGUGGAGCGACGCCGACGCGGCCUUCCGCGAGGUCCCCCGCAUGCCCGUCACCGAGGCCAGCGGCGCCGGCGCCGUCUUCUCGACCGUCCUCGACUACGCCCGGUGGGUCCGGAGCCUGCUCCGCGAGGCCGGGCCCCUCUCGCCGGCCGUCCAUCGGGACAUCAAGACGCCGCGCAUCGUCGUCGCCAUGCCCUCCAACGGCCGCGACGUCGAGACCUACGGCCUCGGCUGGGAGCGCUCCGCCUACCGGGGCCAGCCCAUGUACACGCACAGCGGCGGCAACCACGGCUUCGGCGCCGAAGUCUACUGGUUUCCCGACAUCGGCUACGGCGUCGUGGCCUUUGCGAACACGGCCAUGACGUCCAACGCCGCCGAGGAGGCCUUGAUCUUCGCCCUCGUCGACGCCAAGCUCGGCAUCGCGCCCGAGGACCGCGUCGACGUGGACAAAAAGUGGCGUGACAUCAUGGCCGGCGCGCAGCACAUGCUCGACAACGCCCUCGACGACAUCUACCCCGACAGGCCCGAGACGCCGGCGCCGGCCACGGUGGCGAUGGAAGCCCUCGCCGGCACCUACCACGACCCGGGCUACGGAAACAUGACGCUGCAGGUCGACGUCGACCCCGACGACGCGGCUGAGAAGAUUCUGGUCGGGUCCCGCCCAGACGACACGUGGCCCAUGGAAAUGAAGAUGCACCACAUCUCGGCCGACUAUUGGAUCCUGUUCAUGGUCAUGCCCCAGAACCCUACCGUGUUCUUCAAGGCCUUUGCCGCCGCCCAGUUCAAGUUUGACGUCGCCGGCCGCGCAAAGGCCCUCGAGGUGCAAUUCCGUCUGACCCGAUCCCAAGGGGUGGGCACCGAGGCGCCCGUCGUCUUUCGCAGACUCAACUAA